GCGCGCGCGCGCACACAGAAGCAGGGGUGAGGAAAACUCUCCCCCGCCGCUCAGAGACCAACAGCGAGCACAGACGCGAUGUCAGGCUCGACAUGCUGCCGUUUAGCGUGAGGACACCGAGGGACAGCUGGAGACACCGAGCCGAGGACUGGAGGACCGCACGUGGGACAGACUCGCUCCAACACGUCGGAACGUUUUGUCCGGUCUGCAUCAGAGAUGAGUGCCAAGUCGGUCAUCAACAAGGAGCUCUUCACGCCUCAUGAUGAGAGGAUGCUCGUUGCUGUACAGGUGAAGCGCAGGACCAAGAAGAAGAUACCUUUUCUGGCGACAGGUGGUCAAGGAGAUUACACGACUUUCAUCUGCCUCUCAGUGACAAAUAAGAAACCGUCUCAUGUAUCCAUCACAAAAGUGAAGCAGUUCCAGGGAUCAUCUUCCUUUGUCAAAAGGUCACAGUGGACAAUCGACCAGCUGCGACAGGUCAAUGGCAUCGAUGCCAACAAAGAUUGUCCAGAGUUUGAUCUCAUGUUUGACAAUGAUUUGGAUCAGUGGGUUGCAAGUUCAGCUGGAGAGAAGUGCACCUUUAUCCAAAUUCUUCACCACACCUGCCAGCGCUACUGCUCGUCCCGUAAACCUGAGUUUUUCAACUGUCAGUCAAAGCUGCUUGGGGGUAACAGUAUACUACACUCAGCUGCAGACAGCGUGACAAGUGCUGUCCAGAAGGCCAGCCAGGCCCUGAAUGAGCGUGGUGAGAGAUUAGGUCGGGCAGAGGAGAGGACUGCAGACAUGAUGAACAGUGCUGAACAGUUUGCAGUUACUGCACACAAGCUUGCCAUGAAGCACAAAUGUUAAACCACUGCCAAAACCAGUUGGGCUGGAGGUGCCAGCAUUCACCAGUCGCUGCACAGGAGAAGGAUUCCAGAUGUUAUUCUUCAAAAAGAAAAAAAGAUGAAUAUUUGUUAACAAUGUUAACAUUUUUAUGUGUUGGGUUUUUGUACUGCGGUGCAUCUCAUCCUUGAUGACGGCGACACGUUUCGCAGAAGCAAGAGGGAAAGAGAAACUUUCUGCAGAAUGUUUAAUGCCUCCGUUUACCUUAAGUUUCAAAUCACCAACAAAACUGGAGUUUAUGCUAAAAGCCCCCAAA